AAUAUCCCGGAGGGAGAAUUCCUUUAGUGCCUCUCGCAUUUCCUUAUUCCAACAAUGAAGGGGAAGCCAGAGGUUAGCGCAUGAAAACACGGCAACAACAAGAAUCAGCUAAGGUUAAGCGUGCAUAUUUGAUGACUCCGCCGAGAUAAAGGCCUUCAGUGUAACAAAGAGUUUUUUGGCAUCGCCUUGCAACUUUCUUUUAAGGUCUUAUUCCUACAGUGCCAGGAAAGAACCAAAAAAAUGCAAGAGCCUUGACACCUCGAUAUUUACCGUUGAAGGUAGACCUAGAGAACCACCCCUUUUUCGUGACUUUUGUGACCCCGAAAGCCAUGAACUAUCGACAGUACGCCUCCACGAACGUACGUUACUACAACUGUGCUCAAACUUUAAGGAAUAUAAUAUCGUGAUCGGCAACCCAAGUCACAGCGCGGAGUCGUUCUUUCUGCUCCGCUUCGUUACCUCUGCAACUCGUCUGCCCCACCUACCCCGCACACUCUCCCAGCCCAUUGAAAGACGAAGAAGUGUCGCAGAACUUGAGCUGACUUGAUCCUGCGUGCCCAGAUCCACUACUCUUGGAGUAGUAGUAGUAUUUUUCAAUAUUUAUUUUAUUUAUUCAUUUUUAACGAUCUACGAAUGCUGACAUGGCCAUUUCGAUUUCUUUCCAUUGUCUGGGCUUCAUCGUGCUGGCAGCCGUGUUCAUACAGACCAUCACGGUUGUUGUUAGUAUGAUGUAUUUAAACAACGUGCUGAACACGAUGAGACGGAGCUUCUCCCACAGUAGCAUGUCAUGUUUGAUGGACGCCAAUCUGAGAUCCGCGCCCGGGCUCGAGGAUCCAGAGGACGAAGCGAAAAAGAGCGACCCCUGCUGGCAACUCACGCAACAGCUCCACUACCGAAUAGAAAAGACUAUGGCUGAGAGACUCCAUAAGGACAUGUUCAUGCUGAAGAAAAAUAGGCUAACCGGGGGGCUUCCCGCCCUGUCCCCGACGGGGGUCCGUCGCGUUGUAGCGGCCCAUGUGACUGGCGUCCCCUGUUCCAGCCAACCAGAGGUUUCCCGGGGCAGCAGGGGGUACCUGGGGGAGCGCGUGGGGCCGUGGGAGGGUCACCGUGGCCUGGCCUUCCUCCAGAACAUGGAGCUGGGGGGCUGGGACCUGCUGGUUCCCCGGGCCGGCCUGUACUUCAUCUACUCCCAGACCUAUUUCAGACUGCCCUCGGUGGGGGAGGCAGCGGGGGAGGCCCGGCAGCUUGAAGACGCACAGCUGGUCCAGUACAUCUACAAGAAGAUGAGCUCCUACACCGUCCCCAUCCUGCUGAUGAAGUCCUCCCGCAGUGUGUGUUGGCCCCGGGGCCCGGAGCCGGGGCUCUUCUCCCUGCAUCAGGCCGGCACUGCCCACCUGCAGCCCGCCGACCGUCUCUUCAUCACUGUCAGCAACGUCAGCACUGUAGUGAUGGACGGCAGGACCAGCUACUUUGGGGCCUUCCUUGUGGGUUAAUUGCUCCGUUCAGUCGACGUCAUUGGUUGAUCACAAGAGGAACAAUCAGGGCAAAGGCUUGGGUCUGUUUUGAAAUGGACUAAUUCCCAAAGAGCAGGCUGUGGGAUUUCACGUUAGUCUUUGUGGUAUGAACUACCAUGGGUGCUGGAUCCAUGCUGGAACUGGGAAACAGGGAAAAUAGACUUAAAGACUACGGAGAUGUUGGAAAUGUGGCACAUCUCCAAAUGUGGAAUAUCACCAUGGAUCAGCACUUUAGCACACGUUCAGUUUGUGUCCAUUUGAUGUGAAACAUCUUUAUGUUAAUACACUGUAUUCUUCAUCGUUUUUUAUACAUUUUGUUAAUUGAGAAGAAAUUAUAGUGAUGCAGAAAAUCAGUUAGCCAUUAGAUGUGGUGGAAACUUGAUCUGCUUCAGAAAUGAAACAUGAUUCACAGCCAUUAUUCCGAAAGAAUUGUCAAUUUGUUGUUUAAUUAGCAUAAUGUCUUUACACCGUUUACUGGCUUUAAGCAGACACGUUUUGUUCCAUGUUAAAUUAUAAGGAUAUGGAAACAUUGCAGUUCUUGCCUGUUGUUGGAAAAUGUUUCUUAAUGCAAUGAUGUGUAACACGAAUACAAGCUAUUCAGUGGAUAGUUAUCUAAUUGGUGUUCCCCUACUGAACAUGACUCAACAGAGUUAUGCUAUGAAAUAUGAAGAAACUAGUGAACAUAACUAUGGCAGGACAGUGCAAGUUGGUUUCAAUCCCAGCUGUAAGGUUCCGGGUUUGAUUCCAAAUGUCCAAUUUAGCAGUAGGCAUCUUUGACUGAAGUUUCAAAGCUCUUUGAUGACAUGCAUCUUAAUUCAAACGGAAAAUAUAGCCGAUAGAUGUUCCCUAUUUGGCGGUCAGGAUAAGUCCGAUUUCAAAGCUGGUGUUCCUGAUCAGGUUACAAAUCACAAUCUGUUGGUAGAAGAAGUGAUUCUAGUUUACCCUCCUCACCUGGCAGCUUAUUGUGGCCACCCACACACAUACACACACACACAUGAAAAAGUAAAAAACUACUAUUUUAAUUCAUGAUGUAUUGUUUUCAUAAUGUGGCAGUGAACAUCUCGCCCAGUCUCCCCAGCAACAGCAGUUAUUCCAUUUAAAAAUACGUGUGUUACAGUUCAAGUAAUGCCCAAAAGUUACACAUUGACACAAUCGCACAUUGCACACACACACACACACACACACACACACACACACACAUCAUAACUGUAAAUCUAGCCACUACUUCCUGGCUUUAAGAAGAAGUCAGGUUUUUCUUUUGUUUUGACCUCUGACCUCACUUAAAAUCUCUUUUUGGUCCCCAUGACAAACACAUACGAGUAGAUAACAGGCACACACAGAAAAUUAAACGGACAGAUAUGGACCCUCCCAGUUACAUGAGAGGAUCCAAGGUGCUUUCAACAAAAACCACACAUAGGCGUCCACACACCCUGGACUGGUAUCAAAAAUAUAUAGAGAUAUUUUUUUUACCACGGCCUUCACCAUGGCGAAACACUUUGACUGGGGACAAACAUGAGCAGGCCAUGGAUGUUUUUCUCUGAAUAAUAGUGUUAAAUGUAUGGCUUUGUUUCGUCUAUACGCAUAUAUACACCAACACACACCAUUUAACAAUCCGCUUAGAAAAAAUGAGUUGUAAUAUUACAGAUAUCACGUUGACUGUAAAUAUAUAGUGUAAUAUUGAGCUAUAAAUAAAUUACAAUGCUUGUACUGGUUCCUCAGAAGCUCUGUAAACAGA